UUUAUCUUAUGUAAUAUCAAGCAUAAAAUGCAAAAGUUUCUGGAAUUUACCAAACAGUAUAAUGAUUUUGUCCACCAAAAUCUCGAAUGGUUUCAACAAAGACUCUUUGACAUUUAUGUCACAUGUAACCCAUACAGCCACAAGUUUGUUGGGGCACCAAAAAUAACAACAAAAUUUCGACCACUUUGUCAGAUCGUGACACGAGAAGCAAAGAUCAAUGAAUCUCGUAAAGACUCAGGCAACAACACAAUAUCUAAUAUUGUUAUCAUACAAACGGGAAUAGUAACGUAUUCCCAUCACUGUAUGACAAUAUCUUGUAUCACAAAAGAUGGUGACAGAAAUGAUGUUCAUUGCCCAUCUCCUGUCACCGAUUUUACCAGGAUCGCUCAAGACACUGUAUUGGCCACCCUCCCCUUUAAACAAAUGAUUCUUAUUAUCAAUUCCGUAAGCUUUAUAAUCAAAACACUUCCAUUGGGUUUCUAUAAAGUUUCUUACGUAGAACUUUCUACAUUUAUAGGUGUAGAAAUGUUCAGUAAAACCAUCUACCUUGUGGACUGGGUUGAUAAUAAAAUUGUAAGUCAAUUCCUAGCCAAAGAGGUACCUACGGAUAUUGCUGUAGGUGCAGGAAAUAAAUUACUGUUAUCAUUUCCCAGUAUUAGCAGAGUUACCUGUUACAAUCUGGCUGGCCUGCAGUUGUUUGAGGUAGAGACACAUUAUCUGAACUUAGUAAUGCAAGUCACGCUGUACCAAAACCAUUUUUAUGUCCUCCAAGGACAUAUCAUUUAUAGGAUUUCAACCACAGGCGGUGUGACCAUGAGAGACAUUGGCAUGAAAUGCCGUUCUGUUUCUGUUUGUAGAGAUGCCAUUUUUGUAACAGAUGAUUUUGGUGUACCUCAUAUGGUUACAACAAAUAAAGACUUUUGGCCCAGGCUGUCAUAUAACCAUCAGCGGUGUUCCCCCAGUUUGAGCAACCAUUUUUAUAUAGAAGAUUGCUACAACAUUACAAAUAUUCUACCUAUGGCAACAUCUUCUACAUUAAUAAUCUACAGGAAUAAGAAAGCUUUAGUAUUCACUGAUACUGGAGAAAUAAUUAGCAAAAAUAAUUUAACUUUCCUUGAGUUUCCUUCUGUUUUAUGUAGAAUAAACUCAAACAGAUUCCUGGUCUUUUAUCGUGAAAUGAAAGGACUUCAGUAUAUCACCUAUCCUGAACUAACCGAAGGCCCUUUAAUAAAGGUCCACACUAAUUACAUUACCAUAUGUCAUAUUGUAUUAAAUAAGUUUUUAGCUCUGACCACCAGUGGAAACAAACAUGAGGUACAUAUCCUAUUGAUCAAAGAGGACAAAGUUAACGUGAUAGAAAGAAUUUCUCUUGGACAUUUUAAUGUCACCAUUGCUGCAACUCCAGUUAAUUUUGUUGUCGUAGAUGGAAGGGAAAACAAACUGAUAUUUUAUUUGACAUCUGGUGAAGAACUUUUUGAAAAAUACCUUCCAUUCUAUGGUUCCUCUUAUUUCAUCUACUCUGAUAAUAUUUAUUUUUAUGUCCUGUUCAAGAGACACUCUAUUGUGAUAUGUUAUGAUAUAUAUGGAGACAUUAGAUGGCAGUGGAAACUGCCUUUCCCUGUUCACCCUGACAUUGCUGUUUUUCAGGGGACUAUUUAUGUGCUGGAUACUGAACUCAACAGGGUUCUUCUUUACAAGAAUCAUGACCGGUCGUCUGGCUGUUUUUUACACUUGAAAAAUCCUUAUAUCAGAAAUCUAAAUAUACGACUCAAAGAAAAAGGGAAUGUCAAACUUCUCAUUGCCGAAAUAUGUCAUCUGUCCAAUGGGCAGUUGGUGGUGUCUGACAUCAACCAUGAUUGCUUGUUAUACAUUUCUAAUGAAGGAGACAUUGUGUCUAGAUUAUCUCUGCCGUCUACAGCUACAGAUAUAUGUCGAUGGAACCCUAAUCAAAUAGGUGUCAUCUUACCCCUAGAGAAACAAUUAAGGAUUAUCGAAAACCUAUCAGAGACAGUUAGAACUGUAUCAUUAAGCCAGCCUUAUGUACGGGUGUGCAAGCUGGGCAAAGAUAAAAUUGCUUGUUAUUCUGAUAAACCAUCUCAUUUAGAUAUUUUAGCCAUUAAAAAUUAUAAUCAAGUUGAAAUAAUUCAUAGGAUUAAUAUCACUUUUGUAGUGAAAUCGUUAGCAAUAGAAAAUGAAACUCAAAAACUAUUAAUUGUUACUAGAGGAAAGGCUUUUCAGUACAACACUAGUUUCGGUGAUGGUUGUCAUAGCAGUGGUGAUCGUCUUUGUAGUAUUAAGAUGGUCCCCAGGGUUUUACUGUCCCAAGUGAAAUGCCCUCCCAAUUUCUAUGCUGGGUCUAUUGAUAAAACUUUUGUCUAUCUGAUAGACAACAGCCGUAUGUUUGCUAUAAACGAUUAUAAUUUGAUGGUUAAUGAUCUCAUUACAAAUAAUCAACUUAAUAUUUAUAUCGACCUGGUAGAUGUAUUUUCCAGAAACAUUUGUGUCAGUGAAAUGUUAUCUUCUACAUUAUAUCUACAGGAUCUGACAGUUUCUGAUAAGGCUAGACACAUUCCUCUUUCUCAGAGUUUCGGAGACGAACAACCGAUGAGGAUUCAUUGUCUGGUUAUUACUGAAAAUAACCUGAUUGCAGGAUAUGACUGGCAAAAUAAAAACAUUAAGAUAUUCACGUUUGAUGGUCAAGUUCUGGAUUCUGUCAAAUGGAAUGCUUUUGGCUUUCUCAAAAUGUGUCGAUGGCAGUCAAACACAUUGGUUAUUACGGACGGUGAUUGCAUUGAUAAUAAAUACCAACUGUUGACAUUAAAAGUGGAAUUUCCAUUGUCGUUGGUAAUUUAUCAGACAGAAAAUAGAUAUGACUGUAUCACUUCUUUAUCAAACAAUCAACUGGUGUGUAGUAAAUGGAGAGAUUUAUAUAGUGUCUAUGUUGUUGAAAUCGAUGAAAUACAUUCGACUUUGAAUGAAAUAAAACAAAUAGCCAUACCUGAAACAUUAUCACCAAGAAACGAACUUGGUAAUAGAAAUUUUAUCACUGAUAUACAUGAUAUUACAGUUACUGCUGAAGAUAUCAUCAUUGUCUUAAACAAAAGAUUCAUCAUUUUCUUCAACCGUGAUGGUCAGUAUCUACAUUCAGUUAGACACUACAUAAAGUAUGUCGGUCAUAAUGACAUGAUGACAGUUGAUGACAGUUUAUUGUACAUUCAAGCAGCAUGGGAUAAAUGUUCUAGUUACUUUGGAUAUAGAAGCAUUGUGUGUUUGACACAGGCUGGGGAAUACAGCGGAAUACUUUUAAAUAAAAGAAUUCAUCGAGCUAAACUAAGUUACCCCAGUAUAAACUGUAAGGGACCAAGGUUUGUUGGAAGCUACUACCCAAGGAAUGAAUUGUAUGUUCAAGGUCUGUUUAUUGUUAAUCGAGAAAGCUUUUCUGUUGCUCGUUUACAAACAGACGAAUGUCCUGUUGAAGUAAAAGAUUUUGAUAUCUCUGAUGAAGGGAAGAUAGUUGUGUAGAGAAAGAGUG